CUUGUCUCUGCUGACAGAUGUUUGGAGCAGCGGCAGCAGCUGUUUGAAGUAACUCUGGAAUAUCCGAAGAAAACAGAGGGAGGAGGAAGAGGAGGAGGAGGAGGAGGGUCACCUGAGCAGAAAGGUCACUGUGGGGAAGAGAAGUCGAAACACAGUAAAAAACACAGAAUGGCGGCUAAAGGAGAACGAGUUUGUCCCGCCGGACAAAAGCAACUCCACGACUCUUCAGAGUCUGACUCUGAGCCGGAGGUGGAGCCCGCCCGGGUGGCCAGCACCGGGCCGUUCGCCGCCGCCUUCCCCCGCACCCAGGUCAUCCACAGCGGCCACUUCAUGGUGUCAUCCCCGCACAGCGACUCGGUGUCGCGCAGGAGGAAAAGCGGCGGUUCUCUCAGAUACGACUUUGACACCGUGAACAGGACGUGGUGUCAAACUUACCGGCUGAGCUCCGGCAGCCUGAGCAUCGACCCCACUCUGACCCGCCUGUUUGAGUGCAUGUCUCUGGCCUACAGUGGUAAGAUAGUGUCACCAAAGUGGAAGUCUUUUAAAGGCCUGCGGCUGCUGUGGAGGGACAAGAUCCGGCUGAACAAUGCCAUCUGGAGAGCUUGGUUCAUUCAGUAUGUCGAGAGGAGGAAGAGCUCGAUGUGUGGCUUCGUCACUCCGCUCGAGGGCUCUGAGGCCGAUGCCCAUCGAAAGCCCGAAGCGAUCGUGUUAGAGGGCAGCUACUGGAAGCGAAGGAUUGAGGUGGUGAUCAAGGAGUAUCACAAGUGGAGGAUUUACUACAAAAAGAGGAGUCAGAUCUGCCAGGCCAAACUGGAGAAAUGGUCGAGUCAGAUGUACCAGGAGGCUGAGGCUGCGCCAGUGGAGGCUCACAUGUUUGACCUGGACUGCCUCCUGUCGGACAUCUCUGACACACUGUUCACCAUGACGCAGAAGCCAUGUCCCUGGGCCAGUGACGGACACAACACCUACACCACCAAUGCUGAUAUAAUCCAGCCGGGACUAACUCCACUGCAGCCUAGUAUGGAUGAUUUCAUGGAUAUACCAGAUAUCUUCAUGACCUACAGAGGCCAGCCCACUGAGCAGACUGCUUUUGCUGACUGUAGCUAUUUUGAGAGUCCAUCCAACGCCGCAUUUGCUCCAGUUCCCUCUCCCGUAGUAACAGCUCCUCAGCUUCUUAUCAACAGCCAGCUGGCCCAGCCCAGUCUGUCCGCUGAUAAGUCCCCUCAACCCUCCUCGUCCAAUACCCGACCGGAGCUGAGCAGGCCUGUCCAGGACUGCAGUGAAUACCACGAAUCCAGCAUCGGAUCAGGAGCCAUGACGUAUGGACCCCAGUACUCUAAUGCACCUGUUUCAAUAGCGUUCAGCGCCAGCAUUGAGGAGCCAGUCUCUGCGGCUAUUCCCUUUCUGCACCCGCUGCCAUGCCACAAGUUCGGUUACUACACAACGUCGAGCGUGACCUCCACCGUCAUUACCCACACUGCCUCCUCCAUGGGGCCCCAGGCCUCUGUGCACCAGGGUCACGGUUUAUCGCACACGGCGGACACGUACCCUCAGACCGCCUGCCACUCUCUCAGCUACGCCGACGCCAUGCCUGACCCUGUCCGGGCACCGCUGCCCUCUGUCACGGCGCCCCACUGCUUCUCAGUGCCCGAGCAGGUGGCUGUCACGGGAGUCAGAGGCAAGCACAAGCAGAAGACGGGAGGAGCGAGGACACUGUGUCCCUCUGUGGCUUCACAUGCCUCCCAGUUCACUGCCCCCACACCCACUAGCUGUCUGGCUAAACUGCUCUGCUCCAGCGGUAGGGAACGGAAGCCAGCACUGGGACUGGAUACUAUUCUCAUGACAACCAAAGGUCAGAGGUCAUCAUCACCCAGCUCUACGCUAAGCAGCAGCAGCAGCAGUGGAGGCAAACAUGUUGGAGGAGCGUCAUCACAGCCGCAGCAUGGAGCUGGCUGGCCUGCGGGGAUGUCAGUGUUGACACCUCUGCACAGCCAGAGUGUCGGUCUGGCGACUCACAACAGACUAGCCCAUGCAGGCACCUCCAGGGGCUUGGCAGUGUCCAGCCUACUCACCCACGGCUCCACACAUAGCGGCACAACCCUCCUCGUUCCCAAGACUGAGGAACUGUCUCCUGUUCAGCUCUACGGCACAGACAGGAGCAGCUUAUCUGUUAAUUUCCCUGAACACCAAGGAAGAACAUCACCGUCAAACCUUUUGGACAAAUCCUCCAACCCCGAGUCUCCUCAGUCAGGCUUCUCAGGACAUGGAAAAAUAGAAUCAAGUAAGCAAACCGACACCAGGAGGAUCACUCACAUCUCAGCGGAGCAAAAGAGGCGUUUCAACAUCAAACUGGGAUUUGACACGUUGCAUAACCUUGUGACAACGCUCAGCUCUCAGCCGAGCAUAAAGAUCAGCAAAGCCACCACGCUGCAGAAGACGGCGGAGUAUAUCAGUAAGAUGCAGCAGGAGAGAGCUCAGCUGCACGAGGAGGCCCAAAGACUCAGAGAGGAGAUCCAGCUCCUCAACUCUGCCAUCAAUACGUGUCAGCUGCAGCUUCCAGCCACUGGUGUGCCCAUCACACGGCAGCGCUUUGACCACAUGAGGCAGAAGUUCAGAGAGUAUGUCCGGGCACAGACUCUGCAGAACUGGAAGUUUUGGAUCUUCAGUAUCAUCAUUGAACCGCUGUUUGAGUCCUAUAACGGAAUGGUGUCCACUGCCAGUGUGGAGGACCUGUGUCGAUCCACUCUGUCCUGGCUGGACCAGCACUGUUCGCUGCCUGCCCUCAGACCCAUGGUCCUGAGUUCACUCCGUCUCCUGAGCACCACAACCGCCAUUCUGACGGACCCCACACUUCUGCCAGAGCAGGCCACCCUCACUGUGACACAGGGAGACCCAGGUGCUUCUGGUGCUGCUUCUGCUGCAGCAGCACCAGACAACUCCCUACAGCCAACCACAUGGGACAAUGUGCACCCCAUGUGACCCUGGAGAACAGACUCCAGACUUAACUGGAACCUACUAUGAUGCUCAGGAGACCAAGGGAACAUUGAAGACCUGAACACUGAAGCCCUGAGACUGUUGAUAAUAAUUAUCCGAUACAUCUCACCAGCUGCAAAAAGAGUGUAUUUCAGUUCACCCAAAAAAAAAAAAAAAUCAUGCCACGUAAGUGUGGCUGUUAAUUAGAUUAAAGUUGUUGUUAUGUUUGUUGUUGUUUGCUAUGGUAUCAUUUCUCAGCCUUCUUAUUUCUCAAAACAGACGUUCAGAUGAGUGGAAAUGUGACAUUGUGAUAUUCAGUUUUUUGGAAGCAUCAGUUAAUAACUGCAUUUAUUAUUGAUCGCUUUAAAGGUCCAGUGUGUAAAAAAUAGUGACAUCUAUUGGUGAGUCUGCAGAUUGUAACAAACAUUUGCGUUUGAUCUGUUUUUGUCUUCAGUUACUGCAGUAUGUCCUACUAUUACCUCUUGGUUUUAUCACAAUCAGGCAAUCGUCUUCAAACAGAACAUUAUUUGUACCAAUAACAUCCUCGUCCCCGCACGUGCGCUCCAUGUAGGACUCGGCUCACAGGUUCUGUCAGUCAAAGCACCCACCAGGGACACAUACAUACAUAAAUACACUGGCUUAGAUCACCAGAUCAGCCCCAUCACUAUGGAUAGACUUCCUGUCUGCAUGUGUGUGCCUUGAAGGCGACGUUGUCCUGACGGGUCACUGACCCACUCAACCAUUCAAUCAUCCCAAAAGGCAGCCAGGUAUGUCGGUCUGUCUUGUCAGUGUUUGUUGUUUGUCUUUUCUGCCUUAGGCACAUGGAUUUUUCAUUUUAAAUGCAAGGGAAAGUAUUUAUUUCUCAAAGGAGCGGUGUUGAACAAACAUGAGCUUGAAAUAUUUCAGUCUCUAAUGGGAUAAGGAAACCGUCACAAAGAAAACCACAUAGUUGUAAAGUACAGAAAAUAAAGGGAACGACAGAGACCUACCUAAAUCACACAGGAGAAUAACCUGCAAUUUAAUAAAUUUUUAUAAACUAAAGGAUGAACAAUGUGUAUAGUUGUCUGACAUGAGAACCCGCUUAUCUCAACGACUACUCACAUUUAUCUCUACACACCAGUGCAAGAAAGAAAAACAGACACAUGGUGUCAUUACAGGAGACGUAUAAGCUGAAAUACAGAAGUUAAAUCAUACCACCAUUCACCGUUUAUAGUAGAAUAAUGUUGGCUGCUUUGAUUAGUUAUGGCUGGUUACCUCAGUUGGUUAGAGUGUGGUGCUAAAAAUGCCAAGGUUGCUGGUUCAAGGGCUGGAGUGCCCCUGUGCAAGGAAUGCAAUCAUAUUACGAUUACAUUUCUACUCUUGAACAAAUAUUAAGUGUGCCAGUGAACCAUGGCAGUGUGAAAGCAUGUUCAAGAACAUAAGUGGAAUUCAUGAAUGCAUUAGUCACACAUGUUUGCACCUGUGCUGUUCCUGCUGUGUCAUGUCAGAAUGGCUUCAGUGAAAACUGUUUUUUGUGGAGGAUAGAGGCCUUUUUCACAGCAGAUAUUUUUGAUAUUAUUUAAGCAGGAAUGGAGGAGAAAAACACCAUUCAGAGAGUGAAUAGACUUGCUUUUUUCUAUUCAAAACCUCAGGAACGCUGCAACCAUUGGGUCCAUUUAUCAUCAUCAUCAAUAUGAAAGACUACAUUGAUGAAAGCACUUUGUAGAUUGUUGUUCAUGCUGUUUGACACAGAAAUUAUGAUACUUUUGUUUCUUUGUUUGAUUUACAAUUCAAGGAGUAAGGGUUGUUUUUGUUUAAAGUAGCAUAAAAUGUGUCAAUGGAAGUAUGAAUAAGACUUUUUUGUUUGUUUCAGUGUCUGCAUGGGCUGCUCACUGCCUGGGUCAGCGAACACAAAGCAGGAAGACAUUAAAACACUGCAUUCAUCGCAAUAUUGAACACUUAUAUGAUCACACACCCAAUUUGUAUUCCUAAUAUUGUGCAGCCCCACUGUAAACUGUGUAUAUUCUGUAUGCUGGUGUUGGUUCACUGUCUCCACAAUUAAUGUGACAAUUUAAUUUGUAGCCACAGUGACUCAAGUGUUCUGUACUGGGGCUAAUCAAAGUGUGGCGCCAUUAAUCUCUGUAACACAGCAACUGCUCGCUGCCUUGAAGAAGGUCACUGACUGGA